AUGAUGGCAAAAAUUAUUUCUGAAAGACUACACUUUAUUCGUAACCAUCAAAAACAACAACUUGCGGAUGAUUAUGUUCACCUCCGAGAUGCUGUUAACAAUGAUGCAAAUAUUAAUGCUAAUAACGUGGGGGAACAACGAGAUGAAAUUGAUAACAUUAUUUCUGCUGAAAUACCGAACAAAGACAGAGAUCCUAUACUUUAUGAAAUAGUAUGCAAGAAUAUGAUUCAUGGCCCAUGCGGAGAGUUAAAUAUUAGAUCGCCAUGUAUGAAUAAUGGAAAAUGUAUUAAGAAAUACCCUCGCAAAUUGGUCAAGGAUACUCAAACUGGAAAUGAUGGUUAUCCUACUUACAGACGGAGAUCACCAGAUGAUGGAGGUUAUACUGAAAUAUUAAAAGUUCGAGGUAAAAAAGAAAUCGUGGUUGACAACCGUUGGGUUGUACCAUAUUGUCCAGUGCUACCUAGGUGCUUAAAUGCGCAUAUUAACGUAGAAUACUGUCAUUUGGUUAAAGCGAUAAAAUACAUAUGUAAAUACAUUAAUAAAGGAUCAGAUAGAGCUAUUUUUUCUGUUAAUCGUGAAAACGAUGAGAUUACAAAUUAUUUGAAUGGUCGAUAUAUAUGUACUUCUGAAGCGUUUCGGAGAAUUUACAAUUUUGAAAUCCAUGAUAGAGAUCCGACAAUUAAGCACUUGGCUGUUCAUCUAGAAAAUGGACAGCGUGUUUUCUUUAAUGCUAAUAAUCUUCAUUAA